AUGAGAGCCACACAAACUUUUGUAUUCGCUUUAUUGCAACAUGGAGUGAUGGCGGCGAGAUCGACAAUAGCUAUUGCCCCUCUGGAAAUCCAAGGAAAGACUCCAUGUUGUGUGGAUCGAUUGACCACUUUGGCUUGUUCCCGACUGGCGGCAACGAGGAAACGAUAUUUCGAUCAUCAAUGCGCAAACAAUGCCGAUUUCGCAUUUGUGCAAUGCUGUGCAAGUUGUUUCAACAAAAAGAAAGAAGGAAGCAGAAGGGAUUAUGAGGUUGCGGCAAAGAAGCUCCUUCUUGACCCAUACAGUACGACUUGUUCCGAUCGACGGGGACCCGUUUGGUGUCACAAAAUAUUGAAUAGGGAAAGCCUUUAUGGAACAAGAACGGAAAGUGCUCACUCGUGUAAAUCUUUCCCUUUCGCUUUCCGGGAGUGUCGACAGAGUUGUGGAUUUUGCUCACUUGGGCAGAAUACGAGCAGGCUGAGAUACAACUACACGAUAGCCACUGAUCCCCGGAGAUGUACCUCGAAAAUCUAUUACGCGCUGGAAGUUGGAACUUUCGCUCCAUCAACGAUCAAAAUGCCGAUGGCAAAGAAUUACACAACAAAAGUCAUCGAUGAGAUCCCGGUGGUCACCACGCCGACCACGGAAACGCACAAAUCGAGAAUCAUCUUGGGUAUCUAUUCGAAUUUCACUAUUCCACCCACUGAGCCCGGGGAGCAAAUUGGUGAAAAUGUUUUCACAAGUGAUCCCGAUGAAUAUAUUGUUGAGACAACUGAAUCGACGGAUAUGGAAUCGAGGGAAGAAGAAGAGAAAGAAAUGAUAACGACAGAGAAAACUGAAACGACGACAGAGUUCGACCCAUUGGCCCAUUUGGAUUUGGAGCGCCGGCGGAGAAAGCAUAAAGGAUAUUUUAUCGCCGAAAUCACCGAAAAUGAUCUCUCCUAUGAAGGGCCACGAGAAGUGGAACCCGAGUUU